AUGGAAAAUCCAAUGAACUGGGGCUUUAAGACCAAGUGGGGAGUAACCGCCAUUAUUUCUGCUUUUGCAUUUAUAUCUCCUGCUCUGAGUUCAAUGGUUGCACCAGCGCUAGGCAAAAUCUCUGAGGAGUUUAAAAUUAGGGAAGAAAUAAAAAUAUACCUGAUGUUCUCUAUAUACGUCCUAGUUUAUGCCUCCGGUCCAUUGGUUCUUGGUCCUCUCUCAGAGGUAUACGGCUGCGUGCCGGUAACGCAGCUUGCCAGUUUAUUUUACCUGGUAUGGAAUACCGCGUGCGGGUUCAGCAAGACGAAAGCUCAGAUGAUUGCAUUUCGGUUUCUGUCGGGAUUGGCGGGUGUUACUUCAGCGGUAGGUGGUGGAGUACAUAGUGACCUUUGGGCUCCUGAGCAACGUGGGAAAGCAAUCUCAUUGUACUCGUUAGCGCCUCUUUCGGCCCAACAACUAACAAGCUGGUAUAGUACCGUAGUCGGUCCCAUAGCCGGCGGUUUCAUCGCGGAGAAGACCACUUGGCGAAAGUCGUUGAGAACAUCACUGCUCCGGCAUUUCGAGAUUCUCCGAACACAGAUAAUUGUACAAGUUCUAGCCACAUAUAUUGCAUAUCUUUAUGGCUUGAUUUGCGCUCCAUUAAACGAUAAGAUAUACACCAGCCUAAAAGCCCGCAAUAACGGAAAUGGCACUCCCGAAUUCGGCGUGCCACUAAUGUUCGUCGGUGCCAUCCUCGUCCCUACCGGCCUCUUCUUGUAUGGCUGGAGCGCACAGUACCGGUUCCACUGGAUAACGCCAAACCUAGUCGUGUAUAUGCUCUGCAUCGGCUCGAUCGUUGGAUACCAGUACAUCGUGGACUCGUACACACGCUAUGCUGCUAGUGCGAUUGGAGCGGCGACCACAUUGGAGAGCUUGGCAGGCUUCGUGUUCCCCCUUUUCGCCCCCUAUAUUUAUCAAAAGUGGGAUUAUGGCUGGGGGAAUAGCAUGUUGGGAUUUUCGGCACUGGUCCUCGGCGUGCCCGCACCAUUUCUGCUUUGGCGGUUCGGGAGCAGGUUGAGGGCCUUCGUAUAA